CCUCAAGGUCUCUUCUGCAAAAACACCACCGCGACGAACGAAGCGGAGUGUGGGAAGAGAUCGCGAGGGAGAUGGAGGCGAGACGAGCAGCCUGCAGAUCCGGCGUGCUCCUGCUCCUGCUCCUCGCCGCCAUCCUCGCGGCGGCCGCCUCCGCCUCCUCCAUCGGCGACAAGUGCGCCGCCUGCAAGGCCGUUGCUGCGGAGCUAGAGAUCGGAAUUUCAAGCGAGAAACCAAGGAAUCACUUGGACUUGCGCAACCGAUUAAAUUCAAAAGGACAGCGUGAAGGAAAGGUCAUUGAUUACAGAGUAAGUGAACUUCGGGUCGUUGAGCUUCUGGAUGACCUAUGUGAUAAGAUGCAAGAUUAUACCCUGCAGAAGUUGGAAUCAGGAGAAAAAGGCUGGGUGAAGGUAGAAGACUGGAACAGUUUUAAAACUGAAAAGAAGGCCGCAGCACGAGCACACUCCAAAAAUUUAUCCACAUUUUGUGGAAGGUUACUGGAGGACACUGAGGAUGAGCUUGCUGAGUGGAUAAAAUCAAGCUCUGCAGAAUCAGGAAAUGUGAGCAGAGCACUUUGUGAAGAUAUUAGCAAACACUGUCUGUCUACAAGUGCUACCACCGAGAUCGACGAUGAGCUAUGACACCAAACGUUCGUUCAGGCACCAUCUUUAUUCCGCAAAGCAAAGCAGGCGGAGAUCUGGAAAGCAUUAACGAACAAAAUCAAAUUGUUUCUGAUAACAUUUCAGUCAGACUCAUACAUGAAGCUGCUCAAUCUAAUUUCAUGUGUUGUAUUACUGCAAUUCCUGUCCUUAAAAAGGCCAGGGAAUUGCAAUUCGUUCCAUAUAGUGUCUUGUCUGUCUGGACUAAUCUGUUGAGAACAUUCGAACAUGAAGCAAAUUUUGCAUACAAAAUACGGUUGAAAACAGCCCGGUUAACUGAUUCAAGGGGGGACUUUGAAAGAUAGUUUACAUGAAAUUUAUGGUUAAGAUUUCAA